AUGGGGGCUAUUCGGAAAUCAUUUGCCUUACUCGGAUGGGCAGCUGCAUUCGCUACUUGUGUAAGCGGCUCGUCCAAGAAAGUAUAUGAGCCGACAGAUGCCAUUCAGUCCAUCAUCCAACGCGCUGCAGCCGACUCAAUCGACCUUGGGGCUGUUCCGGGCCUGGAUCUGUCUUCUACACUUGAAAGUAUAGCCUCUACGUACGCCGAUGCCACCACGACAAAGGUCUCAGCGCGAGCUAUCUCGAAUCUCACUGGACUUAUCGACGUCCAUGCGCAUUGCGUACCAGAUUGGUACCGUGCAAUCGUCCCUAGAACCGGCGGGAAUCCAACGCCCUCAUGGAACGUAACUGGACACCUCGACUUCAUGGCAAGCCAAAGCAUUUCUCAAGCCGUUCUGGCCUUCUCAGCGCCUGGCGCCAAUGUAUAUCCCGGAAACCAGGCCGCCACAAUUGCGCUUGCACGACUGAUCAACGAACAAUCUGCAGCAUUUGCUCAGGCCUACCCAAAUAAAUUCACAUUCUACGCUGUCGUCCCGUUGCCGUACACCCCAAACGCAAUCGCCGAAGCUACAUACGCGCUCGACACUUUGGGCGCUGCUGGUAUCGCGCUCUAUUCGAACUUCGAAGGACGUUAUCUCGGUGAUGCUGCUUUUAAGCCUUUCUUCGAGGCCAUGAAUGCGCGUGGGAGCAAUCAAAUCAUAUACGUGCACCCUACAACACCGUAUAUACGCCUCAACGGCACAUUGAUCGAGGCAAAUCCUACUGUAUAUCCUACAGGAAACAUUGAAUUUUACUUUGAGACUGCGCGUAUGCUGGGCGAUCUUGCCGUAACACAGACCUUGCUGAACUUCACCAACAUCAACUACAUCAUUCCGCACGUCGGCGGCGCCUUUCCUUCAGUCACCGAUCGGCUCUUGAAAUCCUUCCCCGCGAUUUACGAUCGCACCAUGGAUGUCCUGAAGAUGCGCUUUUUCUGGGAUUCUGCGGGUCCAACGUACUUUCACCAGGUUGGGGGCUUGCUGGCUUAUGAUAUUCCGACGACAAAUCUCUUUUUUGGCACGGAUUUCCCGUAUGCCCCGAUUUUCACGUAUGGUCCGUCGUUGGUUGGUAUUCAGACCUCGCCGUUUGUCACGGAUGCCGAGAGGCUUGGGAUAUUUGCUAGCAAUGCACGAAGAUUGUUUGGUGACCGUAUUCCAUUGUAG